CAGCUCUGGGGGCAGCUCAUGUGACCUCCCACCCAGGAUCCCAGCACCAUGACGGUUUCAUACACCCUCAAAGUGGCAGAGGCUCGCCUCGGAGGCUUCUCCAGCUUGCUUCUCCGCUGGAGGGGAAGCAUCUACAAGCUCCUCUACAAAGAAUUCCUCCUCUUCAUUGCCCUGUAUGCUCUGCUCAGCAUCAUCUACCGGCUCCUGCUGACCCAGGAGCAGAGGCAUGUGUAUGCUCAGGUGGCCCGAUACUGUAAUCGUUCUGCAGAUCUCAUCCCCUUAUCCUUUGUACUGGGUUUCUACGUGACCCUGGUGGUGAACCGCUGGUGGGCCCAGUAUACAAGCAUCCCGCUGCCAGACCAGCUGAUGUGCGUCAUCUCGGCCAGCGUGCAUGGUGUAGACCAGCGUGGCCGCCUGCUGCGCCGCACCCUCAUCCGCUAUGCCAACCUGGCGUCCGUGCUGGUGCUGCGCUCGGUCAGCACCCGCGUGCUCAAGCGCUUCCCCACCAUGGAGCACGUGGUGGACGCAGGUUUCAUGUCCCAGGAAGAGAGGAAAAAGUUUGAGAGCCUGAAAUCCGAUUUCAACAAGUACUGGAUCCCCUGUGUCUGGUUUACCAACCUGGCCGCCCAGGCCCGGAGGGAUGGGCGGAUCCGUGAUGACAUUGCUCUCUGUCUGCUGCUGGAAGAGCUGAACAAGUACCGGGCCAAAUGCAGCAUGCUAUUCCACUAUGACUGGAUCAGCAUCCCUCUCGUCUACACCCAAGUGGUGACCAUAGCGGUAUAUUCCUUCUUUGCCCUCUCCCUGGUUGGCCGCCAGUUUGUGGAGCCUGAGGCAGGGCGGGCCAAACCUCAGGAGCUUUUAGAGCCGGGCCAGGAGGCGGCGUCCACCAUGGGGGACCUGGACAUGUAUGUGCCUCUCACUACUCUGCUGCAGUUCUUCUUCUAUGCUGGCUGGCUCAAGGUGGCGGAACAGAUUAUCAACCCCUUUGGUGAGGAUGAUGACGACUUUGAGACCAACCAGCUCAUAGACCGCAACUUGCAGGUGUCUCUGUUAGCCGUGGACGACAUGUACCAGAACCUGCCUCCCGCCGAGAAAGACCUGUACUGGGACGAAGACUCCGCGCAGCCGCCCUACACGGUGGCCACGGCGGCCGAGGCUCUGCGGCCUUCCUUCCUGGGCUCCACCUUCAACCUUCGCGUGAGCGAUGACCCCGAGCAGAGCAUGCAGGUGGAGGCGUCCCCAGGGUCCGCUCGGCCGCUGCCUGCCUCGCAGACCCCGCUGCUCGGCCGCUUCCUGACUGCGGGAGCACCCUCCCCGGCCAUCAGCCUCAGGACCUUCGGCCGCGUAAGAGGAGCCCCCUGGACCCCGCGUGUGUCGCGCUUACGAGCGGAGGAGAGUGGCGACCCCGAGGCCGCGGACCGCAUUGAGGAGGCGUCAGUGCGGUCAGAGGACGAGGCCGGGGAGCCCUGAUCGGAGGCUGCCGGGCACAGGCCGUCCUGC